AUGAAGAAUGCCUCCACAUUCAAGGAGGAGUAUCGGCCGGGAGACUAUGUGGUUUACCGCCGUGACACUCAGGUGGGAGGCACGAAGUGGUCCAGUGUGUCCAGAGUGAUAGGCCAAGAGAAUGCGGAAGCAGUGUGGGUAGUGAAUGCAGGGGUUCCUGUGUUGUGCUCAAUCCACGCGCUGCGGCCUGCCGGGGAAGAGGAAGUCUUGUCCCACUGCCUGUUGAACGGGAUUCCAGUGCUGCCUCAGUCUUUGACUGAGGGUCCCAAGGGCAGAAGGGGAUUCGUUGAAGUGAGAGAAGAUGGUGAGAUUGAUGUCAGUGAUGAGAAUGAGAAGCAGACAAAAGCACGGACAAAGCGCAAGCAGGAAAAGUAUGACAAGAACAUCACAUCAAGCAGCAGCAGUGAUUCGUCAUCCAGCAGCAGUGAUGAAUCGUCGCCCGUUGGUGAAAUGGCAGAAGAUCCAAUAAGUAAGACGGGCGACUUAGCAUGUGAGGAACCGGCGGAUGAAGCGAUGAACGCCGUGUUGAGAGAAGAGCGAGAGUCUAUGCAGCUCAUGGUUGAGGCACUAGCAGACAAGCUACUGAAGGAUAACGGUUUCACGCCGAGUUCGGGCAGAGCACUUCUCCGAAGCAUGAAAGCCAUGUGGAAGCUUGAGAAAAAGGCGGAUCGUGCCAGGCCAAACCCGAGGCUAGCGGAUCAUAUGAGUUUCGGCGCCUACCGUCAUGGAGGUGCAUUCGGAGUUACCAAUGCCACAACAAGGUACCCUUCCGUGGCAAAGUACCUGAACAGCUACAUGCUUGCUAGGUGCCGAGAGAGUGGAACAGCAGUAGAGAAGUGGAAUUCGGUCACAAUCCUUUUCGGGAACGAAAGUCCGACUGCUGUGCACUCUGACAAUCAGAAUUCCCAGGGAACAUCAAAUUACUUGUAUUGUGACGGGAAUUACUCAGGUGGUGCUUUGUGGAUUAGAGACAAGGAUGCCAUCCACAACAGCGCUAAGGACACAGCGUGUGCAUCAACAUGGCACGCGGAAGAAGGAUCCAUUGAGGGUGUGAAAACGAGAACCCGUGGGCGAUUGACUCAUUUCAACGGGAAAGUCAAGCAUGGCGUGUUCGGAACUAAGGGCGAAAGGACAGCAGAGGAACAGCAGGUGCAGCCUGAUGACAUGAUGAAGGCGUGUGAGCGCAAGGACCAUUGGAAGGUUGGACAGAACAUGCAUUUCCGGAUACAUGUGACGCCUCGUCGACACAUGUACGAGCCUAACCCCGAGAAUUUCCCCGGUGAUCUCAGUAGGAUCGGUUACACAAGGGAAACAUAUCGAUUCUUUGAAGACGGAACGCAUGAUGUGGUGAAUGAUGAGUGGGGUAGAAUUCCAGAAGCGAGCGGGAUCACCGACUUAGCAUGGACAGGGUUCAGUUUGUUUCGCAUCCGGAGCGUCAGCCCGGCGGAUCUGUCUUCAUUUCCUGAGAUUCCGAAGGAAAACCCAGAGUUCAAGGCGUUCGUGGCAGAGCGUUUCGGACCGGGAGAAGAAGGCGCGGGAAAGAAGCCGCGGAAGCUGAGUUUCAGCAAGUGCGAUGACCACGUCAAGGAAGGCCUCAAACAGGCGCGAAAGGAGGAAUGGAAUAAGUAG